AGGCGGCAGGAGGGUUCCGUGAGGCGCGAGCUCGCCCCGAGGGAGGGAGGGAGGAGAGGAGUCACCCAGAUCUAGGCAACGGUAGCCGAGCCAGCGCUUGCAGGCAGCUUUCCCCCUCUGGCCAUGCAGCGCCGCGCCGGCUCGCUUCUUCCCACCGGCCCGGCAGCUCUCGCCCCUUCACGCCCGUCGUGGUGGCUAAGGAGAAGCAGCGGAUCAACACGUUACUAGCGGGGGACUCCCGGCGCUGCUGCUGCUCCCCUCUGAACUUGCAACAGGAGCCGCUUGGCCGGUGCUAAUUUCAUGAUCUAAUUUCCCUUUGCGGUGUUAUCAGAUGCGAUCGCUAAUCCCAGCAAGAGUUUUGCAAAUCUCUUAAGCACCCUGGGCUGCAUGCAGCAACCUGUUUACUCCCAGGCGCUGGUGAAGAGGAAUUAGUGUUUGCAAUGAUGUGGCACGGGGGAGGGAGCUUGAAUUUUCGCACAGAUCUUUCCGUGCAAUAAAGACAAGCCUCCAGGAUGAAGCCAACAUCGAGAGAACGUGAAUAGGCAGCUCAAGACCCGGUGCAACUGUUACCACAGAAAGGGCGGAGCGCUGGAUGGGGGGUUCCUCUAGCGUUUGCACUUGCUACGUUAAUUCGGAGACGUUGAUGCAACUUCUCAAGGUUGUCCCGCCAGGCUGGGGGGGACAAGAUCGCUCCUCGGCGUGCAGUUUAUAUUUCCUUCGUUUGUUUUCUGGUCUCUCUCUCUCCGGUACAUUUUCUGCGGCAAUGACUCGAACUUGAAACUUGCAACGGGAUCAACAGUGUCCUUGAUUAAUAUCCAUCCUCCUUCUCCCCACCCCCGCUUUCCCCGUGCAACUGGAGCCGGUGUGCGGAUGUUUGUCAGUAGCAGUGACAUGGGUCCAACUCCCAACGCCAGCAGCUUGGGCAGCAGCUGUUUAUAAAGGGGGAGCCACCGAGUGCCACCACCUCACCGCCAUGCAGCUCCACCGCGCGCCCUUCGCAUUCGUCUUGAUCCUGCAGCUGCUCGGAGCUUUGACCCCCUUCGCCCAAGUGCCUGGCCCGCAGGCACCCUUGGUACCAGCAGAUGGCGAGAGGGAAGGUGCUCAGCCUGCGACCCGGCGCCAGGCAGCCCCUGGGCUGCUCCAGCAAGAGGAGAGCCGCUGGACUGGCAGCGGAAUCAGUUUAGGAAACGGGGCCAGAGGAUCCUGGCAGAAAGCGCUUGCUCGCAGAUCCAAAGCAACAGCACCACACGCAGCGGCGGAAGAGGCUGCCCCGCUGCACGGUGCUAGGGACGUUGCUGCUGAAGCUGCCCUUCGCUUGGGCGUGAGGAACAGGAGCAGUGGAUUUCCUGCCGUGGAGCCUAGGGGGCGGCCUGAUACUCCUUGGCAGGACCCUGGCGAGGGGGAGGUGAAUACGGACCGAUCGGUAGCUAUGGGGAUGGGAGGAUACUCUGCUCUCCAGUGGCUUGCAGUGCGCGGGGAGGAAGGUGGCAGCCAUGCAAGGCACAGCCCCAAGAAGCUUGCCAGGAGCAGGAGAGGAGCCAGCGAGCUGCAGGGCAGGGGCAAGGAAGGAGAGGGAGGGAAAACCAAGGGCCUUAAGAAUAGCAACCUGGCAAAGCCUUUCAGCAGCUCCUUGGGCAGCCCUGCAGCCAAGGGUGAUGGCAAGGGAGAGGAUGCCCCCCAGCUGCUGCCUUUGAAUGGCUCCUCCCCUGAUGGGCUAGAGAGGGGUGCAGGAGCCCGCAGCAAUGGGACAAGCCGCCGGGCCCGGCUCAAGAACCCUUUCUACCCUCUGACCGAGGAGUCGUACGGCGCCUAUGCGGUCAUGUGCCUGUCCGUGGUGAUCUUCGGCAUCGGGAUCAUGGGCAACAUGGCAGUGAUGUGCAUCGUGUGCCACAACUACUACAUGAGGAGCAUCUCCAACUCCCUGCUGGCCAACCUGGCUUUCUGGGACUUCCUCAUCAUCUUCUUCUGCCUGCCCCUGGUGAUCUUUCAGGAGCUAACCAAAAAGUGGCUGCUGGCAGACUUCUCUUGCAAAAUCAUUCCAUACAUUGAGGUAGCUUCUCUUGGAGUCACUACGUUCACACUAUGUGCCCUCUGUAUAGACCGAUUUCGUGCUGCCACUAAUGUACAGAUGUAUUAUGAGAUGAUUGAAAACUGUACUUCAACAACUGCCAAACUGGCUGUUAUAUGGGUUGGUGCUCUGUUAUUGGCACUUCCGGAGGUCGUUCUACGCCAGUUGACAAAGGAAGAUUCUGCAUUUAGUGGCAGCCCACCUGGGGAACGGUGCGUGGUAAAGAUCUCUACUGAAUUACCUGAUACCAUUUAUGUAUUAGCUCUCACAUAUGAUGGUGCAAGACUCUGGUGGUAUUUUGGCUGCUACUUUUGUUUGCCUACUCUUUUCACUAUUACCUGUUCUCUGGUAACAGCCAGGAAAAUCAGACGAGCAGAAAAGGCUUGCACACGAGGGAACAAACGACAAAUUCAGCUGGAAAGUCAGAUGAACUGCACAGUGGUGGCUUUGACCAUUUUGUAUGGGUUUUGCAUCAUUCCUGAAAACAUCUGCAACAUUGUGACUGCCUACAUGUCCACAGGAGUCUCUCAGCAGACUAUGGAUCUCCUCCACCUCAUUAGCCAGUUUCUUUUGUUCUUUAAGUCCUGUGUGACCCCAGUCCUCCUUUUCUGUCUUUGCAAACCGUUCAGUCGGGCCUUUAUGGAAUGUUGUUGUUGUUGCUGUGAUGAAUGCAUCCAGAAGUCUUCAACGGUAACAAGCGAUGACAAUGACAAUGAGUACACCACAGAGCUUGAACUCUCCCCUUUCAGUACCAUCCGUCGUGAAAUGUCCACCUUUGCUUCGGUUGGGACUCACUGCUAAUCGACUCUAUGGCUUUAUUUACAGUACUCCUAAUUUUUUUAAACUUCUUAUUUUUCUUGUUGGAACAAAAUGCAAGGAAAAAAUGUUGCUUAUAAGAACUACCCUGUAAACCAGUUUGCAUAUUAACAGUUGUGCUUUGGAAAAUAAUUUCUGUUUAGUUAUCAAAAUGAGAAAGCCAACAUAGAGUUUUAAAUCAUUAUAUUUGGGAUGGUGCUAGUAUUUUAUUUUUUGAGGUAGGGGGAGAACCACGUUGACCUACUUAUUUAAUUUCUUGCUAAUUUUUUUAUAAUCACUGUAAAUUGAUUACAUAAACAUUGUGGGUUUUUGCAGGAUGUUUAAUGUAAAAGAUGUGGUGGAAAGUAUUUGAAGCUAGUUUUAAUCCAAUUUACUGUACAAUAUUGUGAGAAUAUUUGGAGUUUGGAAAAUUUACAAGGUAGUAUAAUAAUAAAUGAGAUUUUAUUCUUUAA